GACGUAGUAAGAGAGGGAAAGGAGAGGCCGAGCGCAAAACGGGACCCGUAGAAGGCUGGAGUGAUCCGCGACAGCUCUUUCGAGAAAUACGAAUUAUGAGCGAGUCGUGGAAUCCUUCUCGACGGCAGAGGUCGCCUGUUUAGUUUGGAUCCUCCACCGGGCGAGGACCCUCUUCGCGGUAGGAUUUCGGAUCGCGUCGGAAGAUCCUCGCUCUCCUCUCUCCAUUCUUUCCUCUCAAUUUCAAGUGUAUCGAGAAAAAGAGAAGAUGGAUGGAUAGAACGGUGUUCCCUGAUCGAUCCUGGUAGCUUCCGGAGAAAGGCGGCUGCUUGGCUACCUCGCUCGCUCGCUCGCUCUCUCUCUCUCUCUCUCUCUCUCUCUCUCUCGCGCGCGCUUUCUCGCUUUAUUCCUUUCUCCCUUUUAUUCCCUACUCGAGCCUCUUUUCUAAAGAGUCCGCAGAUAUAUCUAAAAACAACCCUCUGUGACGUACGUGAUCUAGCGCGGUCUACGAACCACCUGUGAACUCCUCUCACUUUGGAAUUAGCUAGUUGGAAUACGUAACGAUAUUGAUGAUAAAUGGUGGUGUUGCUUGCCUUAAUGUUCUUCGUAGUUCGUCAUUUAUUUUCUUUUUAAUUCUCGUGAAAGUGAGUGUCCCACUCGACUUUGCUGUUCUCGUUAGAGGAAAACUACCGAAGCAAUAAUUGGCACUUCGAGGGAGAUAACUUGUUGACCACAGAUUGAUGACUGUUUGGACGUUUUUGCAAACACGUCGGAAUGAAAUACUUGAAAGUUGCAGUGUUCACGUUCAACCUGUUAAUAUGGUUGGCCGGUUGUACGGUGCUAGUUAUAGGAGCAUGGUUACUGUUGGAGCCGAGCAAAGGACACCUUCUGAAUCUUUUUCUACCCGACGUCAAACCCCACGAGACGAUUGAUUUGAUAGCGUACAGCCUGGUCGGCCUCGGCUUCACCGUCUUUAUGGUGGGUUUCUUUGGUUGUCGUGCUGCCGUGCGUGGAAAUCAGUGCAUUCUCGCCACGUACAUGAGCAUGCUGGUCGCCCUGAUCGUAACAGAGCUUGUCACAGCAGCGGUCGGUGGGCUCAUGACUUUUCGGAUUCUUUCCGACUUGGAGGGAAGACUGUCCAAUAAACUGACCACGGACUACGGCCACGACACUACCAGCGAUAUCUCAUUUAGCCAUAGUCUUGAUUUCGCUCAGUACAAGUUUAAUUGCUGCGGAGUGCACAGCGACGCGGAUUACAAUGGUACGGCAUGGUGGAGGGAUGGCCAAAUUUCAGGAAGCAGGCGACAGGUUCCAAUCACGUGCUGCGUUCUCAAAAAUACCGAGGUAAAGAAUACAGGUAGUCCGAUGAGCGUUGUCUCGAGAGUAUUUCACAAAAACCACGAGAAACCAUGGCUUCAUCCACAGGCGAAGGACGAAGCCGCGUGUCAAGUGGAAGACCAAGAGGGUCACGAGGGUUAUCGACACAAGGAGGGUUGCCUCGGAAAAGUUAGCAAUUGGCUUCAGAGCGAGAGCUUCACGUUAGUUUUCCUGGGUAUGGCAAUGGCUGGCAUUCAGACUUUUGGCAUAAUCACGUCUGCGUUCCUUUGUCGAACUAUCCGAGAUAUGCAAACGGAUUAAUCCGCGUCCUGAAAAGGAGAUAAGAGUUUCUUUAGCCUUUAAAGAUAUCGAGGAUAUUUUGAAAGGAAGAAGAGAGGAGAAAAAGGAAGAACGAAGCGUUUCUCGACUUAUUUCUUUGCUAUUCAAACGCGAUAGAAAGGAAGAAGAGGAAUCGGACUCUCCGGUGGGACAACUUUUAUAGCGACCUGCCUUUACGAAAUUCGAGAUUGUGAAGCUCGAAGAGUAAUGACGCGAAAAGAAAAUUUAUUCGAUCGACGUUGCUCCGAGUCACUCCCGUCCCUUAUCGUAUAUUUAUUGCAUAAGACGAACCAAUUUUUCUGGAACCAAUCGAGAAAAAAUACAGUGUGUUAAACCCGUUGUAAAUACAUAUAAAUACGUGUAUCUCUUACGUGUCCAUCUCAAAGAACUGAAGGGGAAAAAGUUGAGAGAAUAUCGAGAUUAAUUUUUCGAGAAGAAAUAAAACGAACCAGUGAAUGCCAUGAACGUUGUCAAAAAGUGUGAAUUCUUACUCGCAUAAUAAUUUGUAAAUAUGCGACGUGCCAAGAGCAUCCAUCGCGACUAAUACAGCGUGCGUCAAGUUUAUCGUCA